AUGUUGCAGGAGACUACCAGCAAGCAAAUCCUGAUAGUGGGCGCUGGCCUGUCUGGGCUCACAGUUGCCCGUCUGCUCACAAACAGUGGUAUACCGAACAUCGUGUUCGAGGCUUCGAUGGAGGACCGUAGCCAGGGCUUCUCCAUCAGUUUGCGCGACUGGGGCUAUUCCGCGCUGCUUGAGGCGCUCGGGGACAUUCCUCUCCGUAGCCUCACGCGGGGUGUUGCCCCAGACCGUCACAUAGGCGGUCACGGUUUUGUCGACUUGAUAAUGCGCGACAAUGCGACAGGAGAUAUACUGGUGGCCCCGGACCCAGAGACACAACCGUCUAUUGUGCGUGCUAAUCGCAAUGCACUGCGAACUUGGAUUGCCGACUGUGGCGACGAGCCCUUGGACGUGAGAUACGGGCACAAGCUCAAGAGUAUCGAGGGAACAGUGGGCAGCAUGACCGCUGUAUUUGAGAAUGGAGCACACCAUCGUGGCUCGCUUGUCAUCGCCGCCGAUGGAGUUCACUCGACGGUGCGCUCGGUGAUACUUCCGCAUAUCGUCCCCGAAGUGGUUCCGGCGGUGGUUUAUCAUGGUGAAUUUCAACUCCCACGAGAAGAAUACGACCGUCUCCUCAGGCCUCUAAUCGGUGAUUCGAAUAUUCUCGCCGGAGUUGGAGACGGCUUCAAUACACCCAUCACCGUGUGUAACUUGACGAAGACAGAGGCCCAUCUUGACUGGUCGUAUUCACGAAUGGCUUGUGGAAAUGAUGACCCUCUCUAUCGGCCCAAUCUCUCUGCCGAGGAGUCAAAGAAGAUCCCGCAAGCUUUGGUGGACGAGGUUGCGUCGCGGAAUCUGGCGGAGCCUUGGUCGCACUAUCUCAAUGCGGAGGCUAUGCAAAAGCACUCUGUCUUCCAUUGGACUAGUAGAUGUGUCUCAAUGACCAACAAAGACACCGAAAAGGGGGCCGAGCGAGGUGUCGUCUUUAUUGGAGAUUCCUGGCACGCAAUGCCGAUUUUCGGGGGUGAGGGCGGAUGCCACGCCCUCGUGGACGCCGUUGAGCUUGCCGCCGCAUUGCUCCAUCAAGAUGGCGGACUCGACAAGGUGAUUUCGACUUACUACACUGGAGCAUGGAAACGCUGCAGCGAUGCAGUCAGGCGAUCAAAGGGGCGGUUUUUUGUAUUGCAUCGGCCAAUGGCUGACUGGCGGGAACUUGCAGAGAAGAAGGCCGCUGCGACAGUCAAAUAA